UGUUGCAUCGUAAAUAUAAUCAGCGGUGUCGCAAUUUCGUAAUCAUUAUAGUGAAAUAUUUUAACGCAGGAAGAUUGCUAUUUGAGAAAUACUCUUCCUUUUUAUACAACAACAAUGGCUUUGAUAAAUCCUGCAGUUCUUUUAGAUCCGCCAUGCGAGCCAGGCUGUCCUCGAAAAAGAAGAAGAUUAGACAAUCUGACUCCUGAGCAACGUGCGCUUCGUAGAAAAUUAAAAAAUCGCGUUGCAGCUCAAACGGCUAGGGAUCGAAAGAAGGCUCGCAUGACCGAAUUGGAAGAAUCGCUUGCACUGUUUGAGGAAGAGAACAAAAAGCUGACAAUGGAAAACGAGACUUUAAGAAAACGUACUUCAAAGCUGGAGGUUGAAAAUAGUGAGCUUAAGUCACGUUUGGGUCUAACUCCACCUUCUUCACCAACAUGCAGCGAAGAAUCAGCAACUUCUUCCCUUCCAUCGCCACCACGCUCUCCUUUGGACGAUGAACCCGUCACAGUUGGAGUGAAGCAAGAAAUUGAAUCACCUGAGUAUGCAGAACUCGGCGUUUCUCAGCAGAAGAAACUCUACCAGAUUCCAUUUCUUUCUCUACUCGCACUUACUGUCACAUUCAAUCUCCUAAGUCUGACGAGCUACUUGGCUUUCUUGAAGACAUUAAGUCCGACGACGCAGAAGACUUCAUUUCCAUCAAGGCCGAGCCAAAUGACAUCCUCGUCGUUUGCGCCGGCAAGCCUGCAGACAGCGGACAAGAACGAGACAAUGAAAAACUCUCAGGAGAAGUGGGGAAGGGAGCAAAAUGCUUGGAAUCCGCCGGCGGAGAGUUUAUGACGACUGUUGAACUUGACAAAGUGAUAGAAAAUUACGCAGCUGGUCCAAGUAUGAAUGAAAAUAUGUGGUGGGAGGAAUCAUUUCCUGAGCUGUUUCCAACACUUUACUAAAGAGAUAUUGGCAACAUGUAAUUCUGAAAUAUCAACGGAAGACAGAAGAGUACUCUUGUGUUUGUGGCAGACGACUGAACGUCAUUGGUUGGUAAACUGAGGAAGUGAAAUUGACUGGUUGAUGAAAAUGAUGUCACAAAUGAAGAGGCAAGCGUUCGAGGCAACCAAAGAUGCAUCACUUUCGAUUUUCGUAUUCGCCAUGAAUGACAUAAAAAGUUGUCACUUGUUGUCAAUGUAAAUAAAAUUUAAGGUGUCAUAGAACAUCAUUCAAUCUGAUCGUUUAACCGUCAGAUAAUCCAUUUAAGUAUUGAAUGUUGAAGUCACUGACAGUGGAAUUGAAUUUAGUAGUAUUAAUGAAUUGUAAAGUUUGAGUUUCAAUACAUAUUUUGUCUAGUUGCGUACACGUAAA